AAUGGCUUCACAACCCCACCACCUUCACUUUCUUAUGAUACCUCUAAUGUGCCCAGGCCAUAUUAUCCCCAUGAUGGACAUGGCCAAAUUGUUGGCACAACGUGGUGUGACCGUCACCAUUGUCACCACCCCUGUCAACGCCACACGAUUCAGUGCAGCCAUUAGUCGUGCCAUAGAAUCUGGCCUCCCCGUCCGUCUUCUCCGGAUCCGGUUUCCAUCCGUGGAGGCUGGUUUGCCGGAGGGUUGCGAAAAUUUCGACGAAGUCCCCUCCUUUGACUUAGUCAAGAACUUCACUGCUGCAACUGUCAUGCUGCAGCAACCACUAGAACAGAUGCUUGAAAAGCUCAAGCCUGGUCCUAGCUGCAUAAUCUCUGAUAAGAGUCUGGCAUGGACAGUUGACACUGCUCGAAAGUUUCGAAUUCCGAGGCUUAUUUUCGAUGGCAUGAGUUGCUUCACUCAGCUAAUCACACACAAGUUAUACAUUUCAAAGGCUUAUGAGAAUGUUCCUGACUCAGAAUCCUUUGUCGUGCCCGGUUUGCCUGAUCAAAUUGAACUGACUAAAGCUCAGCUUCCUGGAGCAUUCAAUCCUGGAUCAAAAGCCAUGGAUAUGCAAGAUUUCCGCGAACGAAUCAGAGAAGCUGAAAUCGAUGCAUAUGGUGUGAUCAUUAACAGUUUCGAGGAGUUAGAACAAAGAUAUGUGGAUGAAUUUCGAAAAAUUCGAGGAGACAAAGUGUGGUGCAUUGGACCAUUAUCACUAUGCAACAAAAGGAGUUGGAUAAGGCUCAGAGAGGAAACAAAUCCUCAACUCACGAACUCCAAUGCUUGAAGUGGCUCGAUUCUCAGAAGCCAGCGUCUGUAGUCUAUGCCUGUCUUGGAAGCCUCGCUCGGGUUAUUCCUCCACAACUAAUUGAACUUGCAUUAGGCUUAGAAGCAUCAAAUCAUCCAUUUAUAUUGGUCAUAAGAGCAGGGGAUAAAACAGAAGAGGUAGAGAAAUGGAUAGUGGAAGAGGGCCUUGAGGAUAGAAUAAAAGGGAGAGGCCUUUUGAUUCGAGAUUGGGCUCCUCAAGUACUAAUUUUGUCACACCCUGCGAUUGGAGGGUUCUUAACACAUUGUGGUUGGAAUUCGACCCUAGAAGGAGUUUCUGCCGGAGUGCCAAUGAUAACGUGGCCUUUGUUUGCAGAACAGUUUUUCAAUGAGAAGCUGGUAGUGCAAGUAUUGGAGACGGGUGUGAGCGUUGGAGCUCAGGUUGUUGUUCACUUGGGUGAGGAAGAAAAGUUUGGGGUGAAGGUGAAAAAGGACCAAAUUAUAGCGGCUGUGGAGAGGGUAAUGGAUGAGGGGAAAGCUGGAGAGGAAAGAAGAAAAAGAGCAAGAAAGCUCGGGGAGAUGGCAAAAAGGGCAGUGGAAGGAGGAGGAUCUUCUUACCUGAACUUGACCCUGCUUAUCCAAGAUAUCACAAAAAAGGUAACCCAGUAAACGAUGUUCCGGCCAUUGUACAAAAAGUAAUCUGUAACGGAAACAAGAGAAUGAAUUCUAAAGCCGGAUGUUAACAUCUUAUGACAAUGUAGAGUGAUUUUAUGGUCCCAAAAGCAAAGAUUUCUUCAAGAAAAAAUAAGAAUGAUCAAAUGACAGC